AUGGCAGGGUUUCAUGUCCGUAGUGUCCUGGUGACUGGAUCCAAUCGGGGAAUUGGCCUGGAACUGAUCAAGCGUUUUAUUGGGAAACCGAACCCACCAGAAGUGAUCUUUGCCACCUGCCGGGACCCAGAGGGAGUGCGAGCGCAGGAACUAAAAAAUUUGGCUUCCAAGCACCCAAACAUUGUGAUUCUGCAGCUAGAAACUACAGACUCAGCGAGCAUCAAGAGCGCUGCAAUAAAAGCUGAGGCCCAUCUGGGAGGAACUGGCCUAAAUUUGCUGAUAAAUAAUGCUGGCGUUAUGCCACCAAGCACACUUGAGUCAGCCACUCCUGAAGAUAUGUUAAGCGUCUAUAACACAAACGUUGUUGGGCCACUGUUAGUGACCCAGGCGUUCCUUCCCUUGCUGAAGAAGGCUGCCCAGGGAAGCAACCAGAAAGGGAUGAGCUGCAGCAAGGCAGCCAUUGUCAACAUCUCCACUGUUCUGGGAUCCAUUGAGAAAACUCCGGAAACGUUCUCCUUCGUGCCAGUAGUCUCCUACCGCUGCAGCAAGGCAGCGCUAAACAUGCUCACAAAGUGCCAGUCGAUGGGAUACAAGCAAGACGGGAUCCUGUGUAGUGCGCUGCACCUGGGCUGGGUGAAAACCGAGCUGGGAAGUGCUGAGGCAGACCUGACGGUGGACGAGAGCAUGAGUGGGCUCAUGAAGGUGAUUUGUGAACUCUCUGAGAAACACCAUGGUGUCCUGAUGAGCUGGGAAGGAAACACCCUGCCCUGGUGA